GGGGGAUGAGAAGCUCACUCCUUCUCCUGUUCAGGCUCCUGCCAGACGCCACACAGCAAGCUCCCUGACGAUCACACGGCAUUGAGACAGCCCGCAGGACACCAUGGCCUCAAUCGGGCAGAUCAUCUUCUGGGGCAUCAUCAUCUUAAUAUUCAUAGUUGGUGGGUUCAUCAUCCUCCUGUUGUCCAUUGCAUUUACACGCUACCAGUCCAUUGUGGAAAGCAAAGACACAUUCCCUGUAGGAAACAUCACGCAGGACAUCAUUUUGGACUGCACCUUCGACCCAUCAAGCGUAAAUGGGAAAUUGGCGGUUGACGCCACUAUCACCUGGACAAAAGAUGGGCUGGGUGGGGUGGUGUACCUCUACCAAGACAGAGCGGCCCAACUGCAGAACCAGAACCUACAGUUCAGGAACAGGGCAGAGCUGUUCCAAAAUGCCAUUGCCGUUGGCAAUGCCUCCCUGCUACUGCGCAACAUCACGGUGGAAGACCCUGGCACUUACCGCUGUGGUGUGAGCGCCCCCAGCGGACAUGGAACUGUCAGUAUACAACUGAGAGUAGCUGCAUACUCUGCCCCCAGCUUCACUGAGACGAACAACAGCAUUUUAACUGCUGUGGCAAACACAUGGUUUCCUGAACCAAAUGUCACCUGGUCAGACCAUGCCGGGAACAUACUAAACGGCAAUACCAGCCUCUUCACAAACUAUAAUAGGAUCUCCCGUGUGCUGAGCAGGCUGGAGCAGCCGGUUCUCCUGAAUGAAACGUAUACCUUCCUCAUCCAGAAUAACCUGGUCAAAUCUGUGUCCAGUGCAACAAUCACAGGAACAGGAGUAUUGGAGACAACGUCCUUCACCUUUAGCACGUCGCCAAUGCUGCUGCCUAAGUGGCUGAGUCUCCUUAUCUCUCUCCAUCCCUGGCUGUGCUGGCGGCUCUAACAAACACAGAACCAAACGUUACUGCCUGUUCAGUACUCUGCUGUCUGUUCCAUUGAAAAUGGUGACAAAAUCACUGAGCUUGCCUGAAUAUAGAAAAAAACAGAACAAAGGGAAUCACUGGAUCACUUGUUGAAAACAAAGCCAAACACCAAAUUGCAAAAUGAGAUUAUGCUCUUUACUCACAAUAGUAAAAGCAAAAGAGGUAGACACACUGCCUAUUCCUGAAGAACGGCAGUUCUUCAGGAAUAGGCAGUGCAGUGGUUACCUCUGCAUUGUUUCUUCAGUAUGAACCUGCGACAUCAAGGUCUUAACCAUGAGAACUCUAUGGUCUAAUGUAAGUGCAACAUAUGUAGUGCGUUAGCCUGUCAUAUAUACUUUUUAUUAUUAUUUGCUGUCAUUUCUAUAAAGGAUUAUGGGUAAUUGUACAAUUAUGUUAAUAAUGGAAUAAUGGAAAAUCUUAGUUGAAACCAGUAGACCUGGCAGGACCACAUUUACUUAUCUGGGGGCCCUAAGCAGACAUCAUCAUGGACAUUCAGGUUUUGCUGAUGUAAUGAACCGUUCCAUCUUUAGUCAUUAGUCCACUUUUGCGAAGUGGUCUGGGUUGUCAUAAACAAGUCUGCUAAAUUUCUGGUAUUUCCACUAUGGUGCAGUCUUUGCUUUGCCUUAAUCUUAAGUGUAUAAAGUAGGGUUGCCAACUUUGGUCAGCAGGCUAGAGUGACAUUUUCAAUUUGAAACAAGUCUGCACCCACAUUUACAUGUAAGCAAACCAUUUGAUUACCUUGUAAAUCGUCUGUAGGGUUUACAAGCUACCCCAGCACUUUUGAUGUAGCUAAUUUUAGGUUUGUAAUGGAUUAAUAUCGAUAUGCUGUAAAAAUUCUUGUGUGAGUGUGAGAAUCUCACAGCCACAUGGGCGAGAGUGUGCUUCCCCAAAAAAUAAGAACAUGGCAGCUUAUCCAGUCCUCAGGGUUGCCAACUCUGACGCACCUGGCGUGACACUCAUGCUUUCUGACUCUCACACUUACACAAGCAAUCUUAUGGAAAAUAUAUAUUAUUCCAUUAUAAGCCUAAAAGCAUUGGGGUGGUCGGCAAACCCUACAGACUAAUUGAAAGGUAUUAAAACUGUUACAUGCAUGUAAAUGCGUGCAGACUUGUUCUGAAAUAAAAAUCUCAAGCCAGCCAGUAUACCAAAGUUGGUAACCCUAAGUUCUACAAUUAAAAAUGUUUUGGAACAUGUAUACAAAUGGAAAAUAAAGCUGAUCAAAGUACAUU